AUGGAGCUGAAUACAGUGAAAGAUGCAUUCGAUCGCGUUGUCAAGAAGCAAAAGCUAUCAUCUUCAAAGUGUCAUGAAGCAAUUGAUCAAGUUGGCAAUGAAAUUCAACAAGCACUUGCACAAAUUGUGUCACCUCAUGACCUCAACUCACCUGCUGAUCAUAACUCCAUUCUUCUGGAGCUUAAGCAUAAGCUCAAUGCGAUCUCCCCACUCCACCAGUUAGAAGGUUCUCAGAAGGAGCUAAACGUAAACCUUAGCAAAUACCCAAAACUCCUUGAUAAAGCAUUCAAUACUGACAUAUCCAAAGCAUACAGAAAUGUUGACUUUGAUCACCAUACUGUGAAUCAAAUCAUUGCAAACCACUUUUACCAGCAAGGUUGGUUUGAUCUUGGAGAUAGCAUUAUAAAUGAGGCUGGAGAACCUGAAGCAGCCAAUUUAAAGUUACAAUUUUUCGAAAUGUAUCAGAUACUCGAGGCUAUGAAGACUAAAAACCUUGAGCCUGCUCUUAGAUGGGUCUAUGCCAACCGCGAAAAGCUCAAGCACAACGGUUCUAAUCUUGAGCUUAAACUUCACAGUCUGCAAUACGUCGAGAUGCUCCAAACCGGAAGCCAAGCUGAUGCACUUAACUAUGCCAAAACUUACCUUGCACCAUUUGCUUUCCUCUACGAGAAUGAGAUCAUGAAGCUUAUGGGUUGCCUUGCCUACCGAGGAAGGCUCACGAGUUCUCCAUACGCAGACUUAAUGUCUCCAACCCAUUGGGAGAAAUCAACCGAGGAGCUGAUCCAGCAGUUCUGUAGUGUCCUAGGACAGUCACAGCAUAGCCCAUUUGGUGUGGUGAUAGCCGCCGGAUUCGAAGGGUUGCCUACUCUGCUAAAGCUAGCAAAUGUCAUGGCUGCAAAGAAGCAAGAAUGGCAGGCGAUGAAGCAGUUACCCGUUCCGGUUGACUUGGGGAAGGAAUUUCAGUUCCAUUCAAUAUUUGUAUGCCCUGUGAGUAGAGACCAAAGCAGUGAAGAGAAUCCACCCAUGUUGAUGCCAUGUUUACAUGUUCUAUGCAAGCAAUCAAUCAUCAAGCUGUCAAAGAAUAGCACUCGAACAUUUAAAUGUCCAUAUUGCCCAGCCGAGGCUUCUGUUGCUCAGUGCAGACAGAUAUCUUUCUGAUCAAAUCUCUCUCUUUGUUACACACUACUAACUCACCAUCAUCAUCAUGAUCAUCAUCACAAUCAAAAAGUGUUCUCAAAUGAAAUAUUUGGUGCCCCUUUUUUGUAUAUAAAGAUUUCUUCUCCUUAUUAUGAUUAUUCCCAAAAGAACCAUUCAUUUAAUGAUAUUGUUAAAAUCAUAAUUAUGUAAAUAAUAGACUUUGCACCCCAAAUCAUAGUUGCUCUUUGUAUUAUUAAAUUCAACAACUUAUAAAACUAGCAAUUUGUUUCCACUUGAAUAUUUGUACACAAACAAAAGAAAUUGAAAUUAACUUUUCUACUCUUGUGAAAACCACAUGAAUUUCUUCAAAGAAGGAAACAAUGAAGAAGAUGAUGAUGAUUUUAAAGAAUUGUUUUGUUGAUAAUCAUCUUCAAUUGCAGUUAAAUGUUCUUCAAUCAAUUCUUUGAUUGAUUUAGCAGAAAGUGGAUGAAAAUUCACACCCCAAUCAGAUACAAACCUUUUAACCAAAACCCACUUGUCUUCCUCUUCCAUCUUCCUCCAAUGGCUUCCAACCUCAUCAGAAUCCAUUGAUAAGUACUGACACACUUCCUUGAACAACAGUCCUCUGCUCUUUUCCAUGGCCUCCGCUCUCUGCACCAAAAGAUUGUUCAUCUUCUCCACUUCUCUUGCCAAAUUUAAAGCCAGCUCUGACUCUGAAUCUGAUUCUCCCGAGCUGAGGUCCGAGGAGGUGCAUUUGAUUAGGGUUUUGGUUCGGUUGCUAGAGAAUGUUAUUACAGAAGGGGAAAGAUAAAAGUUGAGUGUUGGAGAUGGAGAUGGAGGUUGGAAUGUGGGGAUUUUGGGGGUGAGAUGAACUCUCAGAGCCAUUUCUAGGGCAAAGGAAUGAUGGACCAAAUCAAUGGC